UACACGACACUCGCAGCAUACAACCAAACUCAAAAUCAAUUCAUUGAGAUCGCCUUUAUCGUCUUCUUAGUGCGUUCCAGAGUUUAGGGCAAAAAUAUACAGAUGUGAUUGUAAACAUGUAUAUAUACAUAUAAAUUACAGGUAAAUGAUGUAUAUAUAGACGGUUGGAAUCCUCUGAUAUGACAAGUCCUCGCACCCAGAUUCACCGUUCUUUGCAAUCGAGUGCUGGCCCACAUCUCAUUAUUUGUGUUAUCAAUGUCUUAUAAAUUCACACUCUCGCAGUGAUCCUCGUUUAUUUCGAUCACAGUCCCUUCAAGCUCUCGAAGCAACUAUUGUUGAACGCAAAUAUCCAUUGAAUUAUCACUUUUUUCAGAUAAUUUAGAACUUCUGGAAUGUCUGUAUCCUCUGCGGAUGUGACUCAAAACGGCAAUCUUGCCGAAGUUGAAGAAUUUGAUUUUUCGAGGUUAUCUGAUAGGCCACGGCCUUUGAACAUGGAAAGACCUUUAAACUUGGAAAGACAAAGGUCAUUUGACGAAAGGUCUCUCAGUGAAUUGCCGGUUGGGUUUUCUCCUCGUCCUUCAUUUAGACAGAGAACUUUUGAGUCAGACCAGCUCGAUUGUAUGUUUUCACCGGGUCGAAGAUCUGGAUUUAACACCCCAAGGUCACUAACUGGGUUUGAGCCGCAUCCGAUGGUUGCUGAGGCUUGGGAAGCUUUGAGACGUUCAUUGGUGCACUUUCGUGGUCAACCGGUUGGGACAAUUGCAGCUUUAGAUAAUUCUGAAGAAGAUCUUAAUUAUGAUCAGGUGUUUGUAAGAGAUUUUGUCCCAAGUGCAUUGGCAUUUCUGAUGAAUGGGGAACCUGAAAUAGUCAAGAAUUUUUUACUGAAGACUCUUCGCCUUCAAUCAUGGGAGAAAAAAAUUGACCGAUUCCAGCUAGGGGAGGGUGUGAUGCCAGCGAGUUUUAAAGUACUCCAUGAUCCAAUCAGGAAUACUGAGACUUUAAUGGCAGAUUUUGGUGAGAGUGCUAUAGGAAGAGUGGCUCCUGUCGAUUCUGGAUUCUGGUGGAUUAUAUUGCUUCGUGCAUACACAAAAUCCACGGGAGACUCUUCCUUGGCUGAAAUGCCUGAAUGCCAGAAGGGCAUGCGCCUGAUAAUGAGUUUAUGUCUUUCAGAAGGAUUUGAUACAUUCCCGACUCUUCUUUGUGCUGAUGGAUGCUGCAUGAUUGAUCGCAGAAUGGGUGUUUAUGGUUACCCGAUUGAAAUACAAGCGCUGUUUUUCAUGGCUUUAAGAUGUGCUUUGCUUUUACUCAAGCAAGAUGCCGAGGGAAAGGAGUUUGUAGAAAGAAUAGUUAAACGCCUUCAUGCAUUGAGCUUUCACAUGAGAAAAUACUUUUGGCUAGAUUUGAAGCAGCUUAAUGAUAUAUACCGAUAUAAAACAGAGGAGUAUUCUCACACUGCAGUCAACAAGUUCAAUAUAAUGCCUGAUUCUCUUCCAGAAUGGGUUUUUGAUUUUAUGCCGAUGUAUGGUGGGUACUUUAUUGGAAAUGUUGGCCCUUCAAAUAUGGAUUUUCGUUGGUUUUGCUUGGGCAAUUGCAUUGCAAUUUUGUCAUCUUUGGCAACACAUGAACAGUCUAUCGCAAUUAUGGAUCUUAUAGAGUCGCGUUGGGAAGAGUUAGUUGGUGAAAUGCCGUUAAAGGUUUGUUAUCCAGCCAUAGAAAGCCAUGAAUGGAGGAUUGUAACGGGGUGUGAUCCAAAAAAUACUAGAUGGAGUUACCAUAAUGGAGGAUCUUGGCCAGUGCUUCUAUGGCUCCUCACAGCUGCAUGUAUCAAGACGGGGCGGCCUCAAAUUGCAAGACGUGCCAUCGAACUUGCUGAAACCAGGUUGUUGAAAGACAGUUGGCCAGAAUAUUAUGACGGAAAGCUUGGUCGGUAUAUUGGGAAGCAGGCCCGUAAAUUCCAAACCUGGUCCAUUGCUGGUUACCUGGUGGCAAAGAUGAUGCUGGAAGAUCCAUCCCAUUUGGGCAUGGUGGCUCUGGAGGAAGACAAACAGAUGAGGCCUCUCUUGAAAAGAUCAGCUUCAUUUUGAUCUUCUUUAUCUGUCUUCUUUCAACCCAUGCACCCUUACUUUUGACCAGGAUGUGAAGGAUUUGGAGGAACAUUCAAAGCUCCCUACCUAGCCGGGAAGAGAGAUCUUGCCAGAAAAAAUAAAGCAAGCUGGGAAGACAAGGGGAGGAAGAGGAAGAGGGAGUUGUAUUGAUUGUAUUAAGUCAAAAGUUUAUGCAAUAUCUGUAUUAUUUAUAUUUGUUCCACCCUUGUUCUUGAGUUUACUGACAUCUAAUUCAAUCUGAAAUUCAGAAAGUCCUUAAUUUUAUGCUGAAUUAAUAAUAAAUGACAAGAUUUGGAGUA